AUGAAGGAAGAAAAUGUCGUCGAGACGUCGUCAUUCGACGUGCAAAUGUACAUGCAGAUCCAACCAGACUGGAAUGUAGCAGAUGAUUCUUGUUGGUUAGAUGUGUACCAACGUACCGUUCAAAUUUCUACUCCAGAAGCUCAAGAACUUGCUCAGAACGAGCGCACAACUGCUAAGGUGCAGUCUAGUCCGAGUUGUCAGUAUCAGUUACCACUGUCUACGCCUUUCGACGCCGCUAAUGUGCCACAUCUAGUGCAAAUAAUGGACAAAGGAGACUCGUGGAUUGAUGUACAAGUGAAUAUGAAGACGUCCAAGUUACCUACGAAGCAGCUGCGCACAGUGUUCCAAGCCCCGAGAGAGACGGUAGAUGUGUCAGUUAUUGGCUGUGCGGGGGGCCGUUGA